AUGAACAAACACAUGGAAGAAGAGGAUCUGUACGAGGAAAUGUUGAAGAGAUCACAGCGCGAAGAAGUCGCUGGAGAUGAUGAGACUAACGAGCAGAUCGAUAUCGAAACCAUUGCCAGUGAUAAUACAUCUUCACCAAUUGAUCCCGAAAAACAACUUCAGAAAAUACUCGAUUGUAUACUUCCGCCAAGGGUGUACAAAUCAGAGGGUAAAAUUUGGCGUGAACGUACUUCGACGGUACCUGUGACAAGACAUGAUUUGCUGGAAAUACAAGAACGCUUCGAAGCAGAACUACUUAGUCGAAAAGCAAAACCAUUUGGGAUUUGUCCUAUUCGAAGAGAUGUUUAUGACCAACUGUUUGAUGAAUUGAUAAGACAAGUGACCGUUAACUGUGCCGAAAGAGGCUUGAUGUUAUUAAGAAUACGAGAUGAAUUGCGCUUGACAUUGUUCUCGUACGAACACGUUCUGCAAAGCGCCAUUGCAUACGGCAUUCGAAAGGCAAUUGAAAAUGAAACACAGCAAAAGACUGCGGUGCUUGAACGAGAUCAAUUACGUGAAAAAAAUAAACAACUUUUAGAGAAGAUCACUGAACUGGAAGCCAACAUUCAAAAUGAACGUCGACUGCACGAAGAUGAGCUUCAAUUGAUGGAGGAAAGAAUGACUGACGAAAACGGACGUCUUAAAGAAGCCAAUAAAGCACUCAAGGUGAUAUAUUCUUUACCAUCGUUGGCAUGUGAAAAUUAA